UAUUCUUAUGCCUACCUCUUGUGAGUCUUCUCCCCUCUAUCCUGCCCAACCCCCGCUCUCUCUAAUUCUAGGGUUCCCUAUUCGCCGAUCUCGGUAACCAAUCACUGAUCGCCCAAUCUAGGAUUUCUGCAUUGGCUUUUCUUUAAACCCAGUCCGGAAACCUUGAUCGAAUGCGGUUUUGGAGGAGACUUGCUUCCGUUUUUUUGAUUUCCGAGGAAUCAAUCCAUCCCACAAAUAUAUAAAAAAAUCCGAAUUCGGUCUGCUUUUUUGAAUCAAUCUUCAAUUUGUUGAUUUUUUGUUCAUUUCUUCUAUAAAAAGUUUCUAAAUUGGGUAAAGGAUCGAGAGUGAGGAGAGAGAGAGAGAGCGCUUUAGGGAUGAGCGAAAACCCUAACCCACCAGUGGACGUGAAGCCGGCGGCCGGCGGCCGCUUCCCGGGCCAUCACAUCCAUAAGCCGGUGGCUGCCCACCAUGUCCUCCCGGUCGUGGCGAUGCCGGCGCAGGUAGACGACGGCCGUGGAGGCGGCGGAGAGUCGCAGUUGAUUGCCGCUGCCGACGCGCAGGCUCUCCAGCAGUACGAGGCGGCGGAGCACCACAUCGGUGUCGGUGUACAUGGGAUGGAGGAGGAUCGGGAUGUGGCCGGGGAUGGCGAGGGCAUGGAGACGGAUGGUCUGGUUGAUCCGAGCAAUAUAGGGGACCCUCAAGCGGUGAUUGCCCACCAAGUUGGUGGCAACCAGCUCACACUUUCGUUCCAGGGUGAGGUCUAUGUGUUCGACUCCGUCUCCCCCGAAAAGGUUCAGGCCGUGCUCCUGUUGCUGGGAGGGCGCGAGAUGAACGUUGCUUUAAAUUCUUUUCAAUCAUCUCCCCAUAUGCAUAAUAGGCGCAUAAACUUUCCUCACAGAGUCGCAUCGCUGAUGAGGUUUCGCGAGAAGAGGAAAGAGCGAAACUUUGACAAGAGAAUACGAUACAAUGUUCGCAAAGAGGUUGCCCUCAGGAUGCAACGAAACAAGGGCCAAUUCAUAUCAUCCAAAUCCAAGCCUGAAGAUUCAACAUCUGGUGUUACCAGUUGGGAUACUACCCAGCAAUGGGGUUCACAGGAGAAUCGGCCGCCUGCAGCAUCUGCAUGCCAUCAUUGUGGCAUUAGUCCAAAGUCUACACCAAUGAUGCGCCGUGGACCUGAUGGACCAAGGACCUUAUGCAAUGCAUGUGGACUAGUGUGGGCAAAUAAGGGAAUAAUGAGGGAUCUUUCAAAAAAUCCAUCUCCAACCAUUCCAAAUGCCUUAGCAGAACCCAAGGAAGGGGAUUGCAUCAUCAAGUAAUAAUGGAAGUACCCGAUAAUUUUCUUGAAAGGUGCAGUUGCCAGUCACAAAAACUUGUGACUGUAAAUCAGCUACAACAUUCUUUUCUUCUGAGAAACCAUUCCUCAAUUGGGAUAGCUGUCAGUUUUUGAUUUGAGAUAUUAUCUUUGGACCAACUAUAGCAGAACUCACCAUUGGUGACUGUGUUUGUUGCUGAAUGCUUUGUGCGAGACCAAGCUUUGUGCGAUUCAUGGAGGGUGGAAGGCAGCUAACUCUUCCGAGAUAAUGGAUGGUAAACCAAGCUUCUUGUGCGAGACCAAAAUAGAAGCUGCUUGUCUUGUCAAAAUUUGCGGUUUGGUGAAGCUGAUCUACUAUAAGUGUGGUAUAAUUCGGUGGCAAGGUACUCAAAAGGAAAACUAAUGUGAAAUAACAUGCGACUUUAAGAGCUAGUUUAAGGGAUUGAUGUAGGAUGGUAAUGGGAAUGAUAUGUACUAUGAACUAUGUUGAUGACAUGGUUGGACUUCAGGCCAAAAUCUGUACUUUUUAAGUUAGAUAUGCUUUGUUCUCGUACAACUCAACAUCAAUUUGAUCAUGAAAGGAGCAUAUUGCUAUA